AUGCAAAAUAAACAGCCAAUUCUUUUUUUCCUGUUACCGGGGGAACUCAAGAUGGAGCUAGCAAUAUCUGCAGUAACAGGUGAGCUCGUGAGCCGAUUCGUCUCCUACCUCGCUGACAAGUACCGCUCGAGCCGCCGUGCAGAGUCAGGAGAGACACAGUUGAGGAGGCUGCAGCAACUCCUCCCCAGAGCCCGCUCCGUCGUUGAGGAGGCAGAUGGGCGGUACAUCACCAACUCCGGGAUGCUGGCGCAGCUCAACAUGCUCACGGACGCCAUGUACCGAGGCUACUGGGCGCUAGGGGCCUUUGGGUACAUGUCCCUUGAAGAGACAGAGACUAGUCCCAUGGAGGUUAGCAGCUCAUCUCCCCGCAAACGUCUCCGCACGGUUCAUGGCAGUGCUAGGAAGAACAAGGCCAUGUACCUUGCCGACCUUCAAGGUGUGGUGGAGAGCUUGGAGGAUGUCGUUGCUGGCUUGACGGAGUUUGUUGUUCUUUUGAGUGGAUGCGACCGUAUGCUGCGUCGACCAUAUGAUGCGUAUCUUUACAAUGACACCAUCAUGUUCGGACGCCACACCGAGAAGCAAAAGCUCCUGAACUUCAUGUUGCAGCACAGUUCAAGCUCGCCUGGUGGAACGCCGGCUGUUCUCCCGAUCAUCGGUGCUCCCGCGGUCGGGAAGAGGACUCUGGUGGCCCAUGUAUGCAAGGACGAGAGGGUCAGCUCACAUUUCUCCUCGAUUCUGCACCUGAAUGGAGACUCCUUCCGCAGAAUCGCAGACCAUGACCGGAGCUUCUUGCGAGGGAAGAUAGUGGUCGUUCUUGAGCUUGUCGCAGACGUCGACGAGAAGGAUUGGGCCGAGUUCUGCUCAACCUUGGCAAGCAUGGAUAGUGGAAGCAAGGUGAUCAUCAUCAGCCGGCUUAGAAGUACAGAGCGAUUCGGGACAGUGCGGCCGAUCUUCCUUAACACCCUGUCAUACGAGGAGUUCAGCUACCUCUUCAAGACACUCGCAUUCGGGAGCGCGAACCCGGCGCAUCACCCGCAGCUGGCACGGAUUGCAGAUGAAUUGGCCGAGGAGUUCCGCACGGAAUGUUCGCUCGUCGGCACAAACAUAUUCGCGGAUGUGAUGAGGAGGAAUCUGAACGUCCAUUUCUGGCUCGGCAUGAUGAGCAGGCUGAGAAGAUUUGCUGAGAGGAACGUCUCCAUGUUUGGGGAACACCCGAGGUUGCUCGUCGAGAGACGCCAUCAGAUAGAUGUUACGGACUUCGUCUUGCAUCCUGCUGCUUCUCCGCUCCGCAUCGUGCCUUCCUGCACCAGUGGCAGCAGCCGCACUGAGGUUACAGCGGAGAGGGCAUCGCUGCCGAGGGUGAGGCUUGGAGAUCUUGUGAUGGAUCCUGGAGUUCGGCCGCAAGGGGAUUUCAAUGUGGUUUCCUGGGAAUCAAGGUUGCCUCCUUACACUUCAUUUGUACAUUUUGUUCCAAAUGGAAAUUGUGCUCCAGGUUUGGCGAAACAGAGUACUCCCCUGUCUGGGAGGAAGCGUCCAGCAGUUGCUUUGUAA